AUGACCUUGACAUUGGCUGGAGACGUGGUUCUCGGCACGCUUCUCACGCUGGUCGCAGACAAAUAUGGACGACGGAAGAUACUGCUGGGCGGUUCGUGUCUCAUGGUUUUCUCCGGCGCUGUGUUCGCCUACUUUGAGAACUUCUGGAUCCUGCUGUUCGCGGCCGUCGUUGGCGUGAUCAGCGCAACGGGAGGCGACUUUGGUCCCUUUAGAAGCGUAGAAGAGUCGAUUCUUAGCCACCUAACCACGCCGAACAUGAGAUCGGACGUCCUUUCUUGGUACGUCACGUUUUCGAGUCUUGGGUCGUCACUAGGAGCGGAGCUUUCUGGUAGACUGGUCCACUACUUGCAGUCUCGAGGCGACUGGACGCUCAAAGAUGCUUAUCAUGCCAUGUUCUUCAUGUACAUCGCAAUGGGAAUGCUGAACUGUCUGCUCGUAUUGUGUCUCAGUAAGAAGUGCGAACUGUUGCAUCUGCCACUUGAAAGCGAGGAAACUCUGGUGGAAGAGACGGAAAUGAUGCUUGCAUCAGACAGCGAGAGCGAUACGCUUGAGGGAAUGGAAGAAGAGGAGUCCAAUGCAGCUGCAAAGAGGAGAUCACCAAAUGGGAAGCCUCAGUCGAAGCUGAUAGCCGCUUUGACUUUCUUUCCACGAAGACUUGCGGAAAUCUCCCCGCCAACGAGAUCCGUCAUGUAUAAGCUCUGGCUUCUGCUGGCUCUUGACUCGGCCGCAGAUGGGAUGGUGCCAUACACACUCACAAACUACUAUAUGGACGAGAAAUUUCAUCUGCCGAAAUCGACUCUUGGUGACAUCACCUCCGUCUCCUAUCUCUUGGCGUCGUUCUCGACAAUUUUCGCAGCUCCGCUGGCGAGGAGGCUGGGACUUGUGAAUACGAUGGUGUUCACCCACGUACCAUCCUCGACAGCAGUUCUCCUCUUCCCAUUUCCGAACAGCGUCAUUUUGACGGUGGGCUUGUUUUUCCUGCGCACCGGAUUGAACAACAUGGACCAGGCACCGCGAGCGGCAUUUAUCGCCGCGGUAGUCAAGCCAGAAGAGAGAACGGCGGUUCUGGGUAUAACGGCCAUGCUGCGAACGUUGGCGUCCACGGCCGGUCCAAGCAUUACGGGAAUUCUGGCGGGCAACAAACGGUUCUGGAUCGCUUUUGUCGUGGCCGGAAGUUUCCGCCUCAUGUACGACUUUGGUCUUUACGCACUGUUCAUCAACAUGCGACUGCAUCAGCAUGAGGAUGCCCAAGAGGACCCGGGGAGGGCGGCAACAGCAACAAAACCGCCAGAUGAGGAGGAGGGUGGGGAAGUCGAGCUGCAGAAGUUGUAA